AUGAUUGCGAGAGAACACAAAUUUCUAAUCGAUGUACUUAAGAAAUUUGCUCACGCUAACUACGAUGAUUGGCAGAUCGCCAACGGGACAGAAUACAUAUGGGAAACAUUCCUCCGGAACAUAAAUCAAGAAAGGAUGGCUUUGGAAAUGCUAGAGAUCAUGGGAAGGCUGGACGUAGCCAAGACUACUCGGAUGCUCAACAUCGCAGCAAGCAAUAGGCAUCACACUGUGGUACUGAGGCUGCUACAUGAAAAGAUUAGUCUUGACAAAGCUAGUCUCUGUUCGGCAAUCAGAGGCAAGGACGAGGAGCUGGUACGUCUGUUCUUGAAGCAAGGGGCGACGGUCAACGACCAUCCAACAAGGAACGACAGGAAAUACGGCAAAGACCCAUACUCAGACCCAUACUCAGACCCAUACUCAGACCCAUACUCAGACCCAUACUCAGAGGCGAUUUGUACGAAAAACGAACGUAUAAUUCAAAUUCUCGUUGAACACCACGCCUUGGAGGGUCUCGAUCAAUGGGACUCUUGGCUUCAUGCUUGGAAGGCCGCAGUAAAAGUUUGCAACAAAGGGAUACUCGCAAUGCUACUUUCCAAACGACGAAACAUCCCAGCGCACCAUCUGGGAUGCGCUCUGAGCUCGGUCUCGAGGCUUGGAGACUACGAUAUGGCGAUUGAGUUGCUGAAUGGCGGCGCGGAGCUCGAUGCAGUAUCCGAAAGACGGGAUGAGAUUCUCCCACCUCUCGUUCAAGCGCUCAAAGCAGAACAAGAUGAAAUUGCCGAGCUUCUAUUAAAAUCUGGAGCAAACCCGAAUUCAGUAUUUUCCCAUGAUCACCACUCGACAGUUCUUCUCGCAGUGCAAAACGGGAAUCAUGCCAUGGUAGAGAAGUUGCUAGCAGCGGGAGCCCGGCUAAAUCCACCAAAAAAAAAUGAGUCACCUGCUUUCCUAGAAGCUGUGAGACAGCAAGACCUCGAGAUGAUGGAGAGGCUCUGGUAUGCUGGAGCGGAACUUGGAGGAGCGCUUACGGUUGCUACUUGCGGGAACUUUGUGGACGCAUGCACUUCAUCGUUUGGAGCCAUUCUUAAUGCUCUCAGAGUAAGGUAUCCUCUUGGAGUAGGAGGGGGGUUUGCAUCGACUGUACUGUGUGACGCGCUUAGGCGCUACGACAGACCUGCAGUGGAGCUGCUACUAAAGCACGGUGCCGAUCCCAACGGCUUUACUCACAAUCCUGAUUCAAGGGAUCGUCAGAUGGUCACACCUUUCUUCAUCGCCCUCACGCGAGAUAUAGGCAAUGACACGUCAUGGGCAGAACUCUUCCUGGACCACGGGCACAAGCCUAAUGUCUUCGAAUGUACUCCACAAACCGUAGUUGCCAGACUAUCUGAUCUGCAUGUUGAGCAUGGUUCUGGUUCGCGACUACAUCAAGAGUGCCGCCAACCUGGCGCAACGAUCACUGCUUUGCUUGCCGCAGUUGGUACGAAGAACAUGACCAUGGUUCGUUUGUUGUCGCGGCGGGAAGAUGCCGAUAUAGACUUUCCUGCCUCCGGUAGGAUCAGACGUACACCGUUGCAACGAGCGGCAGAAAUCGGAAGUCUCGAUCUGGUGGAGUUCUUCUAUGGAUCAGGGGCAGAUGUAAACGCGCUACCUGCUAGAACAGGUGGCGCAACCGCACUCCAACUCGCUGCUCAUGGCGGGUUCACUGCCAUAGUGCUGUAUUUGCUGAGCAAAGGAGCGGCUGUAGAUGCUCCAGGGGCUGUCAUCGACGGAAUGACCGCACUCGAAUGUGCUGCUGCCCGCGGACGAGUGGAUGUUCUAUAUUGCCUUUUAAGGGCUAAUGCCGGACAAGGUGGCCGCGACCAUGCGCAGUUCCAGAGAGCCUCUGCCUACGCAGAAAAAGCUGCUCAUUCUUCUGUCGUCGACAUGUUGCGAGAGCAUCUGCAAUCCGUCGGACAUUACGGCGUUUUCGUGGGGCAUAAGAACCAGUCUGUUACAAUGAAAGAGGUCGUCAGAUAGCGGCGUACUCUCGUACGUAUGCAUGACUUUUUGGUUUGGCGCGACACGAACGAGCGACUCACAAUGUCUGGAAUCCAUAUGUACCCUUCCAAUCAGCUCCUCUCGACAAGAGAAGUAGCGUCAAUACAAGAGCUUGGUUUGGUACCUCACAUCACAAAGUCACUACCAGAUCCCCCGAAGUCAUACUAUGAUGCGACGAGGACGUAUGAUCAUCAUAGAAAA